AUGCGAGCACAGUUGGACGAUGAUGCAAAAAUCCGAGCAGCCUGCAAGUACGUCUCGUUGGACAAGGCAGAUCUUUGGAUGGGUGUGAUGGAGCGGGAGACCUAUGAGCAGUUCAAGAAUGCGGUCAUCGCAUUGUACCCGGGGGCGGAGGAUGACCGUUGCUACAUGCAGUCCGACUUAACUCAGAUUGUACGGACGGCACGGACGAGAGGAGUGUCCAGUCGCGCGGAGGAGGGACAGUACUAUCGGGAUUUUACUUACCUGUAUCUUGAGGGAUUCAAAGCGUCCCCCUUACAUGCUAUUAAGAAUCGACUGGCGAUUAAGGUUCCCGAUCAGAAUCCGGAUGAUUCGUACGCAAUAUCGGAAGUCCAUUCCACAGCACAGCACGUUCUCAGUGGGAGCGGGAGUGCAUCGAGCGCUGUGGCAGUGUCGAAGCUGAGCACAGGGACGGUGAAGUUGGAGGGGAAUGAGACGGAUGCGAUGCGGUUUCUAGCGAACGUGUUGCAGCAAGCGAUGCGAACAUCGGGAGGGGGACAGGCGCCGGUAUCGCAGGCCAACAUUCAAGCAGCGGUCGCACAAAACCCUCUUCCACAAGCUCUGCGUGCCUGUAACUUCUGUCUAGCCAUCGACCAUUUCAUGCGGAACUGUCCGCGCAUCGAGGAUUACAUCAGGGCGCGGAAGAUUAAUCGUGAUGCGCUUAGUAGGAUCAUUCUCCCGAAUGGGCGGUUCAUUUCUCGUGACCUACCGGGAUGUAGCAUGGCAGAGCACGUUGAUGCGUGGCAUGAUAUGUAUCCGGGGAACCUUUUCGGCGAUGGUCCGGGGCCGUCUGCAGCGCCUCUGCCCAACGUUUCCAGGGAUGGGCAUGACCAGCCUCCACAUAUGGUCAGCCUAUGGGAGAUCGCAAAGGAGGCACUUAACCCCAAGGAACCGUCAUUGGCGUACAUUGAGGAAUGUCUUGACGACUCCACGAUGUCAGUGUUAGAAGCCAACGUGGCUCCGAAGAAAAAGACAGUUUGGUUCAAUGACAGCGCCGCAGGGAAGUCUGCAAAGCGUCCUCCUGGUGUUCCGGCCUCUCAGGUCCCCACGUCAAUUCUCAAGCCGGCAUCGGAUCCAUCUGCGGCGCCCAGAGGAGGUGCGAAGGCAUCUCUGCCAUCUCCGGGAAAUCGCGCUACGCAAUACAGCUACAAGAUGCCGGUGGAGGACAAGGUGAAUGUGCGGGAUAUAUUCGAGCACAUCCAAAAUGAAGUCCGCAUCUCGCUAAUGCAUCGGGAACUGAUGGCAUUGUGCCCGGAGAUCCGCAAGCUCGAGCAGGAGGAGAUCACCGCGAAGCGAGUGGCAACAACGGGGAGCUUCGAGGCUGUGGAUGGCGAGGAGGUUGCGGAGGCUCUCUUAGUGGAUGUGAGCGAUGGCGGCGGGCUGCUCGUGGUGGCCGAUGAUUCUCUUCCAUUGCGAGCCAUUGAUGCCCUGGUUAAAGGCAAGGAAUCAGUGGAAUGUAUCCUUGACCAAGGCUCGCAGAUCAUCGCAAUGCGACGGGACAUUUGGGAAUGCAUCGGGUCCACGCUGCAGUCCGAGAAAACGCUCAACAUGGAAUCGGCUAACAUGGGUAUCAACCAGAUGCUCGGACGCCUCGCUAACAUUCGAUUCGGGUUUGGCGAGAUAGAUCUGUAUCUUCAGGCCCACGUUCUAAAUGAUGCCCCAUUCGAGGUACUCUUGGGCCGGCUGUUCUUUACCUUGAUGGCAUGCAAAACACCCGACUUUACCAAUGGCGAGCAACACAUUACUCUGCGCGACCCUAAUACGCGUCAAGUAGUAAUGCUUCCCACUCACGAGCGUCGCCCAAGGCCACGGCCGAUGCCACCUCCAGGAAUGGGUUUUCAAGACUCGAGGAGUCGGGCUUGA